AUGACUUGGACAAUCCGACUCUUUCGACAACAACCCUCCCGACUUAUCUCCCACCCCCGGUUGUCGACCAAUUUCGCCAUGGCCGAUAUCGAUGUCAAGCUCGCUUCGUGGAAGCUGGUCGAGGUUGGCCGCCUCGUCCUGAUCCGCCGCGGCCCCUUCGCUGGCAAGCUCGCCGCCAUUGUUGAGAUUGUCGACCACCGCCGUGUCCUGGUCGACGGUCCCUCUGGUGAGGAGCAGAAGACCGUGCCCCGUCACCUCUGGGCCAAGAACGAGAUCGAUGGCAAGUGGGCCAAGUCCACCUUCGCCCAGAAGACUGAGAAGGCCGACCGCCGCAAGAACCUGAGCGACUUCGAGCGCUUCAAGGUCCUGCGUCUUCGCAAGCAGGCCCGCUACGAGGUUCAGAAGUCUUUCGCCAAGGUCCGCGCUACCGCUGCUAAGUCAUAA